AUGGUUUCCUCCAACUCCAAAUUAAUCUUGCGUCUUGUUAUUCAAAAUGACAAACUUCUCUUUGCUGAAGCAUCAAAACCUGUUGUAGAUUUUCUUUUCUACAUCCUAUGUUUACCUAUGGCUAGUGUAAUAAAACUCCUAGCUAACAAUGGCAUGGUUGGUAGCAUAGGAAACGUGUAUCAUAGUGUUAAAGAUCUCCAAGUAUAUAUGCUUCAUGAACAAUCUAAGGAUUCUCUCUUAAAUCCAAUUGCAUCUAUCUCUUUUGAUGAAUUCUAUAAUCUUCUUCCAAUGAGAGACGAGAACGAAGUAUCUUCGACCUCUUCGUCUGAAAUCUCUAAUUUUAUUCUUGUAGACACGGAGAAUGACGAAGAGGAUGAGAAUGACGACAAAGUGGACGUCCAGAAUGACGAAGUAGAUAAGAGUGACGAAGAGUAUAAGAACGACGGCGAAUUGGACAUAAAAGAUGACAAAGUAGAUAAGAAUCACGAGGAGGAGAACGCGAACACUACGAAUAAUGGGAUUGUGAAAGAUGUUUGUUGGUUUUUGGUGAUGGAUGAUUUAGUUAUUCAACCUAUUACUUCAAUAAUUGACAUUGUUUUGAAGUACAAAAUCCAUCCCAAACAAGUGCGAACAAUAGAUGUUGAAUUCGGGAUAAACGAGGGUAUCAAGUUGCUUAGAGCUUCACUACAAACAAAGAAGGUUUUGACUAGUGUUUUCAUCAACAAGGAAUUUGAUAUGUGA